GUUAUUGUUGGUCAUGUCAAAAAAACCAGUGUAAUGAAAACGGUGUAGAAACCGUUUGAGAAAUAAUGGUAAAACAUAAUUAGUAUCAGUCGCAUCAGUGUUUAGCCGCGAACUUGCACGCGGCGAACAAUGAGGUAAUUAAAAUAAGACAUACUGACACGUAGAGGAAACUACCUGUAAUACGACAGUAGGCCAUUUGUCAGGACGAACCAUCUUCGCUGGUAACCUUUCAAAUAAUUAGUCCAUUUAAAGAGCCAGCCUCUCAUCUCCUGUGUGCCGUGCUGAGCCUUCUGGUCCCCCAUUUUACAAUACGUUGCGUGAUCACACGCGUUUCGCCUGAAAUUACAAUACACUCCAAUAUCUGCGCACACAUCACCCGUAAUGCACGGCCACCAUUUUGAUAUUCCACUGGCCCACGAACUUGCUUGCUCUUAGAUCGAAAUUCUACUUAUGCACACUGUUCGUCGGAUUGUAAUAUGUAACACCAACGUUGAUACCACAAACACGGUAGCCUGUGCUCGAGGACACAAUAUGCUGUAGGAAACUAUGGAUUCUUCUUUUGCACAGCGUGAUAACUCGCCACGUUCCACGGUGACGGCGCCCUAACCUUUAUUACCGAGUCACCUAUACUGGGUGUCGUGAAUUAUGCGAUACACAGCAAUUCUCUAUGAAAAAAAAUUCAUCGAAAACAUACAAUUGAACUCUUUAAAGAGGAAUUUCCAUUUAAGUGGAGGCAGUUUUCAAACGAAUAGAUUUCUCGAUGUUUUUGUUCAUCUAUCUUGUUUCCACUUAUUUCGCGUGACGAUCAAAGGCAAAUAUAAAGAUAAAGAGAACAAUAAUCGAUAGUUGCGAUGACAUAGAAUCGUUAUACCAAAAAUUAUGGAUUCGAAUUCUAACGAAUUUUUCUACGAUGACGCUAAUGCGUUUCGAACACCCAGUAGAGGAGCUUGACGCAGGUCUGCGCCUGUCAACCAGCAGUUGACCUGUGUAUAGUUGACCGUGGUAUUUGACCGAUCGCGCGGUACAUGAGGUGAUGAGAGAAGUUGCGAAGAACCCAGACUUCUGACCACCCAGGUGAGACUGCGUGGAUCACCAAAAUAUCAGGACAAUCUGGGGGGGUGACUGAAGUUCCGCAAGGCCUAAUUUUAUUCUUGACAAUGUUGAAUGUACAGCAUUACAGCGAUUACAGAUGAUCUCUGAUAUAGGUUAGUGCGAUCAGGAAGCACUUUCGAAUACGACUUUUAAAUGUCUGAAGGUGUCCUAGCACAGCAUUUCGUGCUUUGACCAGGCAUUUUUAAACAUGGCCACGUAUCAAGUUGAUUAUCAGUGGGCUUACACCAUAAUGGACUCAUCUAGAAUAUCUACCUUCCUGAUAUCAAUUUUAUUGAUAGUCUAUGGCAGUUUCCGAUCUCUUAACAUGGAACAGGAAGCUAGAGAAAGAGAAAAAGAAAAGGAACGUAGUAAUUUAUUGACUGGAAUACUCAGCAAUUGUAGCACAGCGAAUGCAGAUGGUGCUAAUGGAAGAGUUCAAACCUUAAACACAAUGCACGCUCUUUGUCUACCUCUUGGUGCUUCCAUUUCUCUGCUCAUCAUGUUCUUCUUUUUCGAUAGCAUGCAGAUGCUAGUAACCAUCUGUACAGCUAUUGUAGCUACAGUUGCAUUGGCAUUUCUUUUACUGCCUAUGUGUCAAUACAUUAUUAGACCGUGUUCAGAUGGUAAUAAAAUUUCCUUUGGUGUCUGUGGAAGGUUUACAGGUGCAGAACUACUUUCAUUUUCUUUGAGUGUGAGUAUAGUAUGCAUCUGGGUUUUUACUGGACAUUGGCUACUUAUGGAUGCAAUGGGUAUGGGACUUUGCGUUGCAUUCAUUGCGUUCUUUCGGUUACCUAGUCUAAAGGUAUCUACUAUACUGCUAACGGGCCUGCUGAUUUAUGAUGUAUUUUGGGUUUUCUUUUCAUCCUACAUAUUCAGCACAAACGUAAUGGUUAAGGUAGCAACUAGAUCGGCAGAUAAUCCAGUGAAUCUUGUGGCUAGAAGGUUGCACUUAGGUGGUGUAGCAAGAGAAGCACCAAAACUUCCUCUACCUGGAAAAUUAGUCUUUCCAUCAAUGCAUCAAGCAGGACAUUUUUCUAUGCUAGGUCUUGGCGAUGUUGUGAUGCCGGGUCUCCUGCUUUGUUUCGUUUUGCGAUACGAUGCAUACAAAAAGACGCAACUAUUGCCAGGCGGUUGUGAAACGGGUGUUCCACCCCCACGUCACAUAAACCGCAUUAGUUACUUUCAUUGUUCCCUGAUUGGUUAUUUUCUGGGAUUACUUACUGCUACUGUAAGCUCCGAGGUGUUUAAAGCUGCGCAGCCUGCCUUAUUGUACCUUGUGCCCUUUACCUUGUUGCCACUGCUCACGAUGGCAUACCUGAAGGGUGACUUACGUCGGAUGUGGAGCGAACCGUUCAUAUCUCAACAACCUUCUAAGCAUAUGGAAGUUUGACAAGAGUCAUGGGUUUGUGUAUAUUACACAUUACGGAAAGGAAACUAUUUGUAUCAAUCCUGUUGUCAUUUAUCAUCACGCCCUUAUUUUUAUCAAUGUCAUUUAAUGUAAGUAAUUCAUUUUUAUGCGCAGUACACAUCUUUCAAGGAUGCAAUGAAAAUUGCUGUCUAACAUUUAAAGAACAAUACUAGUGAUUUGCAAUGUAUUUCAAGGGUUGGCAUAUUUUAAUCAUUCUGCUAUCUUUUUCCGAUCGAAAAUGCAAUAUUAGAUGCAAUAUUAAAUUGAAAAACAAAAUAGUUUUCUAAACUUGUAUUUGGCAUACCAACACUGGUAUGAAUACAUAUUGUUGGAUUCCAUUUUAAAAAGAAAAUGUCAUAUUUUAGUUCACAAUAAUGAGCAUUUUUUUCUCUUGCAUUGAACUAAUUACAUAUUCUACAUAUUAAUGAUUUUACUCUUAACUCCAUUAUAAAUGUGUGUGAUACUCUGUGCAGAAAGUUUCUUUUUAAUUUAUUAUUCGAUGGAUAUCAGGAUAAUUGUAUGUCACAUGUAGCUACGAAUAGAGUAAUUUCAUAAUUAUUCGGAGAUUUCCAUGAAAAUCUAGUGAAUGUAUGUGUGUAGGUUGUGACUUUCUUUUACUUGGAGCUAGUAUCGAACAAAACAUCGUUCAGUGCGAACUUGUAUAUAAAUUUUUCGUUUUUAUAAAUUUAAGGAUUAAAAUUUACAGUUUGUUAUUAGGAUUAAACAGCAAGGCGUCUCACUUGCCAAAUGUCAUGCUAACACAGCAUGGCGUGACCGAGAUAACUGAUAAUACAGUCUUAGAAAGGAUGAAAGUGGAAGCUGUAGUAACUUCGAUCGUAAAAGAGAAGAUAAUGAACAUUGAAUUGCAUAAAUAUUUACUGUCUUGAUUUUCAAGAACUAUCUCGUGAUAAGGAAAAGAGGUGUUAUCGCAAAAUAGAGUUUUUUAACUAGGCUCUUGCUAUGGAUAGGCAGUUCAAAAAGACUUUGUAUGUUUAUUUAAAAACAAGACUGAAAAUAAUGUUAUACGAAAAGCCAAUUUAUUGCAAGGUCUUUGAAAGAAACACAAUCAAUUCCUUUCGUUUGUAACUUUCACAUGUAUCGCUUUACGGUAGCGUAGAUUGAUAUAAUAUAAUGUAUGAUACAUAGUAUUAUGCAAUGUGAAAUAUGCAAGUAACAUGCAAGUAAAUACUAAUUGCAUACGCGAGAUUUCUAUAAUUUGCAAUAGUAUAUUGGAAUUAGAGUCAGAGAUGAUUUAAUUAUUUUUUGGCGCCGUACUUUAUCGAAUCACCAGUCUAAAAGUUAUAAAAACAAAAAUUCUGUAUUUGCCUCAGAAUAUAUUUUAUAAAUAAGAACAUUUGUUAGAAUGUUAGCAUAUAUUAUUGUUUAUGAAGAAUGAUAUAGCGAUAUUGAAGACGGUUAAUGAUUGGGUGAACACAGUAUCAAUUAAAAGUAAACUUACUUGUACACUUGUAUAUUGACUUAGAAAAUGAUAAUUCAUUCGUAAUACGGAAGAACAGAUAUCACGUCUGUUUUAUUAACGAAAAUAUUUUGUAAUUUGUUCGUCUUAAGUGGUUGAUUUUUUAUUUGAUAUUCAGCAGUCUAUGCUCGAAAGUAUUAUACAAAAACUAAUUAUUUAGAACCAUCUCAAAGGUUUAUUUAUACACACAGAUAUUUUUUUACUUACGUUAAUGCAAUUCAAACUAUUUAUAAUAAACUAUUCAUACUUCAUAACGAACAAAAUACUCUUUUUGAUACGGUUUAAUUAGUUUUUGUAUAAAACUGUAACUCUUCCCUUUAUUCGCUUACCUGUCCAUAGCACAAGCAGUUUGCUCUUAUUCAUUACGUGCCCUGUAGAAGACAUUUUUAUGAGUAAAAAAAAGAACAGAAUACCUAUUUCACUUUAUAAUAUAAGGACACAAGUGAUAAAGUAUAUUUUAACUACUUCCGUUACGAAGAAGUAAAAAAAGAACAAAAAAGACUUGGUCAUCCUCGACGUGUGGGUGAAACGAAAUGCGUUUUCAUAAAUAUGUCGGAAUGUUUAAGACUCAGUUUAAUCGUUCGCUGUAAGGCCUCUUACUUUCGAACAAAUCAACGUACGUUACAAUACAGGGUUCAUUCUACUGUGAUGUACGUUUUAACUUUCAUUUUCUCCUUCCAUUGUACAUACUAUUGAGAAAACCCUAUACAUUAAUUUUGUAUUGUCAGUAACGCGCCAAUCCUGUAAUCAACCGUUCAAUUGAUUGUAUAAGAAAACACGACAAAUCAAUUUUUGUACAUUUAAAUUAAGUCGAGCGUUUUCGUUGGUACGAUUAGAGGUGUUGUGCAAUAUAAGAUAUUUUUUUCCAA